AUGCCGAAGGCUCGGAGGGGAAAAGAGGAAGGAACGGAGGAAAGGAGAGAAGGAGGAACGGAAAGAGGAGGAAAGGAAAGGAAAACCAGAGGAAAGAGGAGAGAACGGAGGAAACAGGAGGAAAGAGGAAAGAGGAGAGAGGAGGAAACGAGGGAAAGAGGAAAGGAACAGAGGAGGAACCUAGAGGAGGGAGGAAAGAGCAGGAAAGAGGAGGAGGAACCUAGGAGGGAAAGAGGAGGAGAGGGAGGAAACAGGAGAGGAGGAAAAGGGAGGAAAGGAGGGAGGAGGAAACGAGGGGAGGAACGGAGGGGAAAGAGGAGAGAGGAACGGAGGAAAGAAAGGAGGAACGGAGGGAGGGAGGAGGGGAAGGAGGAAGAGAGGAGGAAAGGAGGAACACAGAGGAAAGGAAAGAGGGAGGAACGGAGGAAGGAGGAAGAGGAGAGAGAGGGAGGAAGGAAAGAGGGAGGAAAGGAGGGAGGAGGGAGGAACGGAGAGGAAAGAGGGGAAGGAGGGAGGAAACCUAUAGGAGGAAAGAGGAGGAGGAAAGAGGAACCUAGGAGGAAAGAGAGUGGAGGAAGAAAGAGGAAGGAGGAACAGAGGAGGAAAGAGGGAAAGAGCAGAGGAGGAGAGGAAAGGAGGAAAAGAGAGGAGGAGGAAAGGAGGGGAGAAAGAGAGAGGGGAGGAAAGAGGAGGAAGAAAGUGGAGGAGAGGGAAAGAGAAGAGAGGAGGAAACGGAAGAGAAGGAGGAGGAGAGAGAGGGAGGAAAGAGGAAAGAGGAACGAAGAGGAGGAAAGAGGAGGGAAAGAGGAGGAAGGAAAGAGGAGGAGGAAAGGAGGAGUGGAGAGUGGAGGAACCCCAGAGGAGGAAAGAGUGGAGGAGAGGAACGAGAGGGAAAGAGGAAGUCAGAGGAAGGAGGAGGAACCCAGAGGAAGAGGGAAGGAAUGGAGAGGAGGGAGGAGAGGAAUGGAGAGGGGAAAAUGGGAGGGAAGGAGUGGAGGAAUGGAGAGGAAGGAAAGAGGGAGAGGAACAGAGGAGGAAAGGAGGAAUGGAGAGGGAAAGGAAAGAGAGGAAAGGAGGAAAGAGGGAAGGAAUGGAAAGAGGAGGAAUGGAGGGAGGAAAGAGGGGAAAGAAGGAGGGAGGAAAGAGAGGAAUGGAAAGAGUGGAAGAGGGAGGAAAGAGGAAUGGAGGAGGAAACCAGGGGAAAGGAGGAGGGAGGAAAGAGGAAAGGAGGAGGAAAGAGGAAGGAGGGAGGAGUGGAAGGGAGGGAAAGAGUGGAAGGGGAGGAAUGGAGGAGGAAAAGUGGAGGGAGGAAAGAAGGAAAGGAAGGAGGAAAGAGGGAGGAACGGAGGGGAAGAGGAGGAGGAGGAAAGAGGAAUGGAGGAAAAAGAGGGAGGAAUGGAAGGAACAGAGGGAGGAAUGGAAAGGGAGGAAUGGAGGGAGGGGAGGAAAUGGAGGAAAGAGGAGGAGGAAUGGAAAGAGGGAGGAAAGGAGGGAAGAGGGGGGGAGGAAAAGAGGAGAGGGAGGAACGGAGGGGAAAGGAGGGAGGAAGGGAGGAAAGAGAAAGAGGGAGGAAACAGGAAUGGGAAAGAGAGAGGGAGGAAAGGGGAGGAAUGGAAGGGAGGAAUGAGGGAGGAAAGAGAAUAG